UUCUCUUGUUCACAUGUUCAUUCAUGUAUUGUUGGUUUGAAAAUCAAUCCGUACAUCUUUCAGUGCAGUAUGGUCUUCGAAAAUCACAAUGGACUUCUUGAAGGCUGAAAUUGCCAGGAAACGAAAGCAGGUCAAAGAAACUGUUGACCUGAAGGAUGGGCAAAAGUCUUUCAAGCGAAGCGAACUUGCUGCUGCACAGCGUGAGUUGUACUUGAAGAAACAAGAAGAAAGUGCUGCGAAACGAAAGAAGUAUGUCGAUUCACAGCAAAAUGCAGAGGGAGAAGUCGGAGGAGGACAUGCAGAGGAUUUAAACAGUCCUACAGAUAUGAUGCCUGGUGAAGAAGAGGCUGUUCUACUGCCACGUAAUGAAGUUAUCCGUCGGCUGCGUGAUCGUGAUGAACCUAUUCGCUUGUUUGCUGAAAGUGAUGAAGAAGCAUGCAAGCGGUUGAGACGCAUCGAAAUCUUGACUCCUGAUGUAACUAAGGGUCUAAGAAACGACUUCCAAGCUGCUAUGGACAAAAUCGAGGCGGAGGAGCAAGCUGAGCUACUGCGACAUGAGAGUGAGCAGAACCCAACGACAGCAGAAGAAGAUAUAGCCAGUGCGGCAGCUAUGCAGGCUGAUGAUGAUACCACCAUGGAGAAUAUCGUUGAGAUGUCCAAGAAGGCUCACGAUGGCGAUGAUAUUCACGACCAAGCGUUUCUUCUCAAGUACUUGAAGUUCAUCUUGGCACUGCAUGCCAGAGAGCUGAACGAUAGACCCAAGGAAGUGAAGCAAAGCCCGGCAGGCCGAUUAGACAGUGCUAUCCACAGUCAGACAGAGUCGUACCUCAAGCCGCUGCUCAAGUUGCUGCGCAAGCGUCGCACGCCGCCCGACAUCCUACCGUCGCUGACCCUCAUUGGCAAGUACAUGGUCGAGAGGCAGUAUGUGGUGGCAGGUGAUUGGUAUCUGCGUAUGGCCAUAGGCAAUGCGGCCUGGCCCAUCGGUGUCACUAUGGUUGGUAUUCACGCGCGUACUGGCCGUGAGAAGAUUUUCGCACAGCACGUUGCACACGUGCUCAACGACGAGACACAGCGCAAGUAUAUCCAAGCGCUGAAGCGACUCAUGACGUUCUGCCAGCGCGUGUUCCCAGCUGAUCCGUCAAAGUGCGUGCGGUAGCUAUUUGACGUGCCUGCUUGAAUUCCUGCUUGGUGGUAUAGUAUAGUGUUACUGUAUAGGAUGAGCAAAGUCCCAAAACUUCCUUGCUCAGUGUGAACAUUUAGGUAUUUAGCAGAAGCACUAAGUCUUUCUUGUCAGCAUUUUAUCAUUGUGCCAAGGGCAGCAAAGGGCAUGUUAUGUUGGAAAGGAGCUUUACAUGGAACCUGGCACCCUAACUUUUUGGUGUCUCUCUCACAUAGUUGUAGAUAUCGUGAAAUCAA